AUGACAAGCCUCAAUAUCACCCGACAAGCAACCCGACUCAACUCCUUCAACUACACCUCUUCAACACGAGUAUCGCCCAACUGGACGUACCGCGCCUCGCAUUCGCUUCGAGUCAAACCUCGACUGAUCCAUUCGGGAUCUAAUCCCUCUCCGCCACCACCCAAAAAACGGGAACUUGUCGACAUCGCCCUCAUUGCUGCUGGUUUCUUUUCGAUCGGAGCUACCGUCCUUUGGUCCAUUGGCUUCAAUCCAAUAGACAGAAGAAAGUGGAUGACCCUCUAUUUGGGGCCGUACAAAGCGGAGAACAAUUCGAAAUCCCGAUCGCCAGCCAGUGAUACUGGCUCUCCUGGUGCCAAGAAAAUGUUGACCAUGUUAUCGACUCAGGAGGUGAAUCAGCAUCCCUCAAUCUUAUCCUCUAAACAGCGGGUCUUGGCUAAGAAUCAAGUCGCGGUGGCCGAUCAAGUGGAAGUAAUCUGCCCUCCCGGAGGUUUCACGCCCACCGCGCAUGAUCCUCAAGUGUCUUCGCGCAUGAUCCUCAAGUGUCUUCGCGCAUGA